GUUUAGUUAUCCUGUAGUUUUCUAUCACCUACAUGUCAUGUAACUAACACGAAUUUACUGUGCAUAAUUCUGUUUGUUGUGUUUCCUUGGGUUGAUGUAUUCUUGGCUAAGGACUUUAUAUUUUACUGGCAAUUUCACAACUGGCAGAAUAAUUGUAUUUGGUCAUGUCCUCGUGUAAUGCACAGUAAUUCUGAUAAUGUAAACAAUGUACCUUCCUGCGUUUUUUGUUACCUGUAAUCUCAAAGUGCAUCAGGGUUGUUGACGUGCAUUUACAUGGAAUUGUACAACAUGGGGUGAAAUACAUGUAAAUACUUUACAUGAAAGCAUCUACUAAAGGUGACCAGCUACUGUAGUUGUUCUAGCUAUUUAGUUAGCUAGCUGUGUGCCAAGUCCCAUGCCUCUCAGAUCCCUGGCUAUUAAACUUAUAAAGGCAAGACUACAAUAUUUGCACUUCAAGGCUGGUUGUAUAAUUAAAUGAAGUUAGCUUGCCAAAAGAUUUUUUGAGUGUUUGCUUUAAUCAACUAGCUAAUAAUAUGACAUUGGACAAGUAGCUAGUUAGCUAGCUACCAACGUCUGGGGUAGCAUAUAGCAAAAUAGCAUGAUAGCUAACUUAAUAGCAAGGGAGCGUUUCCCAGCUGAAAGCCAUAUUGAUUUCAUGAUUAUUUAACAAAUAGUUCUAAAGGUUCUGAUUUUUUUUAAAAGAAGCUUGGCAGAUAAAUAACGUUUAACUUUUUGGACAUGAUCCAGAUUUCCUCAUGUCCGUGAGACACUGGCUGUGGCACUGCGGCACCCCACCCGUGGAGUGGUCUGUCGCUGCAAUUCGGACCCCGUGAUCCCCUCUCCUCCCCCCCUCUCCCCCCGCCCCCCUCCCCCUUCCCCCUCCCCUCAGCGCCGCUCUGCUGGACGUCAUGAGCAUAGUAAUCGCGCUGGGAGUCACCACACCAGAAACGUCCUACUCCGACAUGGCUGCCGGAUCAGACCCUGAGUCAGUGGAAGCAAGCCCCGCCGUGAACGAGAAAAACUACUCCAACCACAGCUGUGGGAGCGCACAGAAUCACGGCUACCGGGGAUUACCCUACGCUGAUCACAACUAUGGUGCGCCCCCUCCUCCGACCCCGCCCGCCUCCCCCCUCUCCCAGACCAUCAUCCCCCGCGUGGAGCUCAACGGCAUCAUGCCCUCCCCCUAUGACGACGACAACUCCGCCGACAGCGACAGCUCCUCGGACGAAGAGGGGGGCGUGGCCAGCUGGUGCCACUGCAGCCUGAGGCAGGAUGGCUUUCUCAUCAAGUGUGAGAACUGCAGGGGCUUGGACCGAAGGAAAGGGGUGGAUGCCCAGCGCAGAAAACCCGAGAACGUGUCUGUGGGAGAGAGCAGCGCCACGGAGAGCGGGGACGAGGAGGUGUCGCCGUCCACGGUGUCCUACACCGCCACGCAGCACACGCCCACCAGCAUCACCCUCACCGUCAACCGCAUCAAGCGGAACAAGCCCAAGAAGAGGAAGAAGAGCACCGAGAAGGCCCGCGGCGCCCCCAAAGGCAAGAAGAUCAAGGCUUUCAGAGAGGGUUCCAGGAAGUCCAUGAGGAUGAAGAACUCGACCACGGAGGCCAGCACCCUGGACGAGAACACGGCCGAGGGCUGGGAGACGCGCAUCCGGCAGUGGACGGACCAGUACGAGGAGGCCUUCGCCAACCAGUACAGCGCCGACGUGCAGACCCUGCUGCAGCUGCACCGCGCCGCCAGCAAGGCCGCCGAGGGCAAGGCGCCCACCGUCGCCGCCAUGGACACCAUCAACCGCACCGAGCUGGCCUGCAACAACACGGUCAUCGGCUCGCAGAUGCAGCUGCAGUUGGGACGGGUCACUCGCGUGCAGAAGCACAGGAAGAUCCUCCGUGCCGCCCGGGACCUGGAUCCAGACACUCUGAUCAUAGAGUACCGGGGAAAGGUCAUGCUCAAGCAGCAGUUCGAGGUCAACGGGCACUUCUUCAAAAAGCCCUACCCCUUCGUACUGUUCUACUCCAAGUUCGACGAGGUGGAGAUGUGUGUGGACGCGCGCACGUUCGGGAACGACGCGCGCUUCAUCCGGAGGUCCUGCACGCCCAACGCCGAGGUGCGUCACAUGAUCGCUGAGGGAAUGAUCCACCUGUGCAUCUAUGCCGUGACCCACAUCACCAAGGACUGCGAGGUCACCAUCGGGUUCGACUACGAGUUCAGCAGCUGCAAUUACAAAGUGGACUGCGCGUGUCACAAGAGCAACCAGAACUGCCCGGUGCAGAAGCACAACCUGAGCCCCCCGGAGCAGUUGCUCCGCCCCCCCACGCUGCCCGCCCUGACGGGGGCGGAGACGCGCCGCCGGAAGGCCCGGCGGAAAGAGCUGGAGGGGGGCGUGUCCGACGACAGCAACCAGCCGCCCGAGGACCCCGCCGACGCCAAGGAGCCGAGGGGCGGCGCCGCGGCGGGCAGCGACACGGAGGUUGCUGUGGUGAUGUGUGUUGGUGCGGUUCUCUUCCAGGAGAGAGACUGUGACGGACUGAAGCUGGAAGACGGGGAAGAGGCGGAGCUGGAAGAGGGCGGAGCUCUACUGCAGAGUAGGCGGACUCGCGAGGACCAGAAGGCGGAGGCCAUCAUGCACGUGUUUGAGAACCUGGAGAAGAGGAGGAAGCGCUCCUCUCAGAGCCAGGGCCUGGGGCCCGAGGAGCCCAAACAGGAGGGCCCCGAGCUGGAGGAGGACAGGGCCUCGCCCACCGGGCCCCACGCCGCGCAGAGCGGGGGGGUGGGGGUCAGCACGCGCCGGGCCUCCUACGUCACCGAGGCCCCGCCCACAGAGCUGGAGAAGGCCCCGGCCACGCCCGCCGCCACCAAGCCCGCCCCCACCCGGUCCUCCAAGCCCCGCCCCAAGAGCCGCAUGUCCCGCUACCGGUCCAGCUCGUCGCAGCGCGCCCGGCGCCAGCGGCAGGCCCUGGCGCUGCAGGCGGCCGAGCAGGGCCAGGGCGUGGCCGAGGAGGGCACCGCGGGCGCCGCGGCAACCGAGCCGGGGGUGGGCGAGGGGGCACUCGGCGGGGGGCAGCCCCUCGACACGGACGGACUGGGAGGCGUGGCCUCGGGGGCCCUGGGUAACAAAGCCCAGCUUCGGUACCCCAAAACCAAGAAGUACCUGGUGACGGAGUGGCUGAACGACAAGGUGCUGGAGAAGCCGGAGUGCCCGGUGGACCGGCCGCUGCGCAUCACCACCGACCCCACGGUGCUGGCCACCACCCUCAACAUGCUGCCGGGCCUGUCCCACUCGCCCCUCAUCUGCACCGCCCCCAAACACUACGUCCGCUUCGGCUCGCCCUUCACCCCCGAGCGCCGCCGCCGCCCCGUCAGCGUGGACGGCUCCUACGGCUCCUUCAAGAAGCGGUGGAUCAAGCAAGCGCAGGACGAGAGCACGUCUUCAGCCAACACCGAGGACGGGACGGAAUCCAACUCUUCCCACCAGAGCAACAGCAGCAGCCACAGCGUCUCGAACCCCUUCAAAACGGAACUGACAGCACCUUUCAAGAAGCGGAAAUCAAAGUACGCCUCGGAGCCACCCCCACUGCCCUCGACUGAGCUGCUGAGGCCGCUGUCCCCCAUCACGCCCCCCCUGACCUCCGACCCCACGCACCCCCUCCUGGCCUCCUCCUGCGCCCUGCUCCUGGGCACCGAGGACGAGAGGCACAACGGCUACGUCCUUCCCUACUCCCCCUUGCGCUCGCUGUCCACCAGCCGCUGCAACACCCCGCUGCAGUUUGAGAACAUAUCCUCUCCUGAGUGCUCACCUGUGCACAGGCCUGAGUCUCCCUCACCUGAGCCCUGCUUGUGUCCAGACUACGACGGGCAGCGCCCAGCGUACCCGGACCUCCCGCUGCCCUCGGGCCUGGAGAGCCCCGCCCUGCCGGCCUCCGCGGCGCCCGAGGAGUUCACCGCGGUGACGCCGGAGCCCCCCGGGGUCGCCCCGCUCCCGCCGGCGGCCGUCGCGGCGCCCCCCGAGGGCCAGACCAGGGAGCAGGCCUUCCGACCCGAGUUCAACCUCAUCUACACCUGCUCGCCGCUCAACGCCAACCUGGGGGAGGGGCUGGCCGCCCGCGGCCCCACGGCCGACCGCCGCCUCUCGCAGUCGGAGGCCGGCGGCUUCUCCCCCGCCGAGGCCUUCUUCGGCGGCGUGGGCGGGCAGGGCCUCCUCUCGGACGCCGCGGCCGGCUCCCUGUCGCCCUACGCCGAGCCGCACUACAGCGGCGGCUACCCGGACCACGGCACGCCGCCGCACCCCAGCAACCCGCCGCAGAAAAAGAAGGUGUCCCUGCUGGAGUACCGCAAGCGGAAGCAGGGGGCGAAGGAGCCGGAGGCGGGGGGCUCCCUGGGCACCCCCACCCGGCCCAGCGUGUUCGGCGGCAGCGCGGACUCCCCCGGCGGGCCCCGCGCCCUCCUGCAGCCCCCCGCCUCCCCGCAGAGCUGCUUCUCCUCCCCGGCGCACCCCUCGGCGCCCCAGAUCGAGGAGGUCAGCCCGCCCGACCACACCCUGGCCUCCCAGAGCGGGGGACAGCCGGCCCGGGGGCAGGACAGCACCAGCACCAGCCACUGGAUGGUGCCCACGUCGGUGGAGAGGCUGAGGGAGAACCAGGGCGUGCUGGAGCGGGUGCUGAGGGGCAGCCUGAAGAUGGACCGCAUGCUGAAGCGGGAGGGCGGGGCCAGCGACGGCAGCAGGGACAAGGACUCCGCAGACUCUGCCGAUGGGGACGUGUGUGACGCACAGCCAGCAGCCCGCUCCAGGACCUCCCCAGUGAAGAGCCCCCAAAGAUACAGGCACAGCCCCUCUGUGUACCAGCACCAGUCGAUGCUGUUGGAGAGCCACCAGCAGGGGGAGCCACCCACGUUCCUCCAGCACAGCGCCUCGUCGCCCUUCCGCGGUUCCUACAGCCCCUCCGCCCCCUCCCCCGGCCAGGGCUUCUAUCCUCGUCUCUCCACGCUCCCCUCAAUCUCCCAGGAUCCCUUGCAGCAGCAGUCACCAAGCCCCGCCUCCUCCUACCCCAGCCACACCCCCACCGCCACGGUCACCGCCUCCUCGGCGGACUCGGGCCUGUGCGGAGCCUCCAGGCAGGUAGGGGGCGUUCAGCCGCAGCACCACCACCAGUCCGGGAGCAGCGGCAGCCUGGGUGCGGACGGGUCACACGUGUACGGCGGGAGCCACCUGAAGGCCAGCCUGCUGAACAGCGGCACGCCCGUUUCGACCGGCUCGCUCGCCCGCUCCCCCCUGCUGACGCAGAGCAACCCCAAAACGGACCCCAGCGCCGCCACGGGGGGCAACCCCGUUCCCCACGCCUCCCGGGUGUCCCAGCAGCAGCCCGGGGUUCGAACCUUAAGCCCCAGCAGCCCCGGGACCCGAAUGCUCCCCGCCCCCAGCGCCCAGCCCUAUCCGCAACGAGGGGCCCCCAUCAGUCAGUUUCAGCACAGCCAGAUCCAGGGCUCGGGGGUACGGACACAGUCGGGAAGCUAUUAGGACCUCCGUUCCCUCACCGAACCCAGCGGAGCUCUUUCUGGGCUAAUGUACAGACUUAAGGAACAAGGACUUGGCUUUAAAACCAGGACCCUUUAUUAUUCUCUUUCUACUUUCUUUCUUGUACCGAAACAAAAAACAUAAUAAUAAUAAUUCAACUACAUUCUACGUGCGGCCCCAACUUCGGCCUUGACAUCAUCGAAGAAUUCUAAGAGAAAACAAAUAGACAAAUAAAUAAGAAGAGAAAAAAAAUCAUGUAGAGUUUUUAAAUUACCCUUCAGUUCUCAUAAGUGUGUACAGAACCAUGUUCAUGCAGGAGUCAUAAAUGAUAAACUUGCGUACCUGUACAAGUAUCAGUACCUGUUGUUUUGGUACUUAGUGAUUAUGAUUAAAAAAAACAAAAUGUAUAAAUGUAUGAUUUAUUAGGUUAUUGUAUGAUUUGGUUUUCAGCCAAGUCAGUCCCACAGUAACAGCCAACAUUUUAUUUGUAAAUUUGAAACGGUAAAGGAAAUAGCAUAUAUUUGUAUCAUCCCUUAAGAAGAUACGGGCAGAACAGGGCAAAGGAUGUCGAAGAUUGGCUUUCUGAGAAGAUCAUUCCAGGAGAUUUCCACUUUAAUUUCCUUUUUCUCACGUGUAUAUCAUAAGAAUCUGGAGUCAGGAUCUGUUUUUUUAAUUGAUCUUUUAUUUCACUUAUAAUUAUCCUAGGCUUGUUAUGUUGUACUUGACUCAUACGGAUCUUAUAAUCCAUGGUGCUGCAGUCUUUUUUUUUAUUUAUUUUUUUAAAAAAUCCAUUUUCCCCACACAUAGUAAGUAAGAAAUCCUUCGUUCUCUGUAUUUGGAAAUGAGACUCAUUGGAAAUGGAUUCGGUGACUGUUGCAAACCUUCAGUGUGCUGGAAUGCAGGGAGAAGGAGCGAGGUCAAAAAUGAGCAAAAUAUAUAUAUAUUGCUCCGGAGUUUUAUUAUUGUUUGUUUGUUAUAUUGUUUUUUUAUUAUAAUUAUUAUUAUUAUUAUUGAAUCCUGUAGGAUUUUUUUGCUGAAAUUUUGGAGAAUUAUCGAGAAUUUCUCUUUCUCCCCUCGGACCAACCCUUGCAUUCCGCACACCGCCCACUCAACAGAGAGGAAAGGCGUGGGGGGAUGUUUUUGUUUUUGUUUUUUGUUUGUUUUUUUUUUUUUUUUGGUGGAAAAGCUGCUGUGUUUUUCUCAUAUUUGUGUUUUACACAAGUGCUGCUUCAAAAAAAAAAAAAAGUUUUUCAGUUUCCACAUAAUGCUGUAUCUCUGUUAGGUUUCUCACCAAUCUGGUAAAAAACACAGCGAAGUCACCCAAGUUGCGUGCCAUGACCGUUGCCGAGAGACAAAAAAAAAAAAUUUUAACUGUAAAGCGAAAUGGUCAACGGCAAAUGCUGAAAUGAUCGACCGUUAGGAGUCAACGGCAAAUGCUGAAAUGAUCGACCGUUAGGAGUCAACGGCAAAUGCUGAAAUGAUCGACCGUUAGGAGUCGGGCAGUCGAUUGACUCGUCUCCCACCCCGCCCCCCGCCCCCACCCCCCAAAGAAGCCACCCUGGACAGACAAAGGCCUUUUUCUAACUUGUUUGGAAUGGGAACAACUUGAGUACAGUAUCUGCCAGAGGAAUACAGUUGGGCUCGCCCACCAAUCAUGUGGGUUCUUGGAAGGCCAGGAAAUGGACAGAUGGUCAGCUGACUUAUCACAUGACCUCUCCCUCUGCCUCACAUAACAGAUGUAAGGGUACUCACUGGUUACAUGAAUGUUUCUCCAAAUGGGAGACAUCAAGAAAACUUGUGACCCAAAAUACCAGCACCUUAAUUAAAAAGCAAACAUUAUGUAUGAUCAUGUGUACUUGUAUAAAAUGUGUUAUAUACUGUACCAAGAAAAUAUAGUACACUAAAUUUGCAGCAUGAUUUUCUUUUCAGUCUGACUGUUGGUGGAGAGCUGAGGUUUGGAUCUGUGCAAAGUGAUCGCAAUUAUUUCCGUUGAUCGUUUGAUCUGUUUUAGGUGUACUGACAGUUUCAACUGGAUAACUGCAUUUUAAAUUUCAAAUGAGGUUAAUUCUUUUUACACCAUGGGCAUAGUUAUAACCAGCUAUUUGGACCUUCUGAACAAGAAAAAUCCAGAGAAAAGAUGUUAUACGUUUUGAUAAUAAAAUACUCAUGAUAAUGA